AAAAUUAAUUAACCACACAUGGCUAAUCUCCAGGGGAUCCUAACCAAGCAUGUGGCUCAACCUUACCAAUUAAGAGCCAAUUCUAAGGUGAAGAUGCAAAGUGCCAACACAUGGGGGCCACAGUCCUUUUUGGCCUCUAUAAAUUUACCAUGUCAUUCUGCCUUCAUUCAAAAAUUAAGACUGACUCACAAGACUGUUAAAAGGAGAGAGAGAGAGAGAGAGAUGGCGGGUUCUCCUUCUAGCAUUCUUUGUUUGGGAACCCUAGUGAUCGCCGGAAUCCUAUUUCCCGGCGAGCAAUCUGUAGUGAUGGCACAGAGAAAAUGCAGAGGUGAUGUUCAGGGACUAAUGAAGCAAUGCAUGCAAUUUGUUCAGAAGGGUGGUCCACUGAGGGAUCCAUCACCGAGCUGUUGUGCUGUUUUGAAGAACUCCGAUGUCACCUGUAUGUGUGGUAUAAUUCCUCCCCAGAUAUUGCCGAAGAUCAGCAGUGCCAAAGUGGCUCAUGCUGCAUAUUUCUGUGGCAAUCCCAUUCCUGCUGGAGUUAAAUGUGGAAGUUAAUUAGAGAGGAUUAAGGGCAAGAAGUAAUUGAGAGAAGAUGAAGGAAUAAUAAAGCCAAAUCAUGUGGCAUUGUUAUAAAAAUAAAUUUAGUUGCAAUGUUUACUACCAUCUGUUCAUUGUAAUGGAUCAGAUCACUCAUUUACGAGUGUAGAUCUUCAUCUUCUCUUAUUUAUCUAUAAAAUUAAUGUGUGAUUUUUAUAUGA